GGUCCCGAGGGGCUGACCGGUCUGAGGCCUUUACGGCAGGCCCCCAACUCCAACGGGGUGAGCGACUGGACCGACGGGAAGGCUUUCCCGACAGAGGACAGCUGGAGCGGCGUUCCGAAGGAUUCCCGAGCUCCUCACGCCCCAGAGCAGCAGUCGAGCGGCCACGCCGCGCUCCAGCCCCGCCUGGGGGAUAGCACGAAGUUGGGGGAAUGGCCAGCGGAGGCGGACAAAUCGUCGCAGCCCGCGCGGAGGCCGAACGAGUCUCCGGCUCAGACAGAGCUGUCGGUUCAGUCGUCCAUCUUGUCCAGGAGGAGGAUUCGGUCUUUCAUUUCGCCCAUUCCGGCCAAACGACUUUGCCAAGACCCCCGGACCAGAGAGGCGGACGGUCAGUUGGCUCCACCUCACGGCAUUGCCGGUGCAAACCCAUUGCGCAAGGGCGAGCCAGGGAACGAAGCUGCACUGACCAACAGUGGCAAGGACAGCCCCGGGGCCAGCGUCUCUCCAGUGGUCUCCCUCACCAGUCCCGGCAAACUCAAAACUCUCCCCCCCAGGAAGGGCCGGGGAUUGAAGCUGGAGGCCAUUGUGCAGAAGAUCGCGUCCCCCAAUGGGAGGAAGUUCCCCGUGGCAGGAUUACUGGAGGGGGCGUCCGAUGGGGUAACGCUCGAGGAUAUCCUCUCGGUCCGGGAAGGAUGCUGGGAGAGCGAGCACGGGCCCACCGUGCGGCCAGGGGUCAAAGUUCGCGGAGAGGCCACGGCGGAGCCUGAGGCCCAGCUCGGGGGCCCGGGGGUUGCCGGCUGCCCCCAGGGUUACGGGGGUCUCUCCCCGGCGACCCGCCUCCCCUACCAGGCCGACCAGGCCUCCCUGGCCCGCUCCCCUCAGCUGGCGCUAGGCCAGGGUCUCGCCGCCAGCCUCCCCAAACCGGACGGCGUGCCCCCCAAAGGGUACUUCCCGUCGGGCAAGAAGAGGGGGCGCCCCUUGGGAAGCAUCAACAAGACCAAGCGGCAGCUGCAGCCAUGCCGGGGCCUGCAGACCCUGGGGGAGGAGGCAGACGAGAGCGCCCCCAAGAAGAGGCGGCCCAGGAGGAAGAAGGCGCCUCUACACUCACGGCCCAGGAGGAGGAGGAAGCCAGAGGCCCCAGCGGCCUUACCCCAAGAGCCCGAGAUCAAACUGAGACACGUGGGGGGCCGGGUCACCCGCAGGAGGAGGGGGGACGCCCAGGACCGGAUCUUCUCGCCGUACGUACUCCUGGAACGGAGGCGGGAGGCAGUGCUGCUUUGCACCAUUAUCAACACCCAGGAGGAUGAGCGGAACCGGGGCCAGAGAGGGCCCCAGAGUCACCAGGGGCCCGCGUCCGCCCCCACCCCCACCAGCUGCGCCGGCAAAGUCCUGCCCACCUCCUCGCACAUGGUGGCGGGCCCCCUGGUGACAGAGAGCUCCACCCUCGGCCUGCUGCUGUGCUGCUUGUGCGGGAAGUGCGCCAACCACCGCGACCUGGGUGACCUCUUCGGGCCCUACUACCCCUACCUUUACGCCAGCACCUUGCCCAAGAACCCCCCCGCCAAGAAGCUGCUGCCCCCGCCCAGCCGCAUCAAGGUCCGGCACAAAAGCAUGCCCGAGCUCCUAAAGACUGGUCAUUCGGAGGACGAGGGCAAGGAGCCUGGCGCUGUCCUGGGGCACACGCGUUUGAAAAGGCGCCACUACUCUGAGGACUGUACCCCGUCGUGGGCCAGUCCCCGCAGCAACAAAGGUCACCGUCGCUGCUACUGUUGUGAGAAAUCGCCGUCGUCAGUGUCCGCACGGACUCCGCGAUUGAAAAGUGAGCUCAGUUCCCAGGUGGACCUUCAGUUGCCUCAACUACCUCUCGAUCCCAAUGAACUGUGGGUGCACGGCGCCUGUGUGCUCUGGGCCAGUGAGGUCUACCUGGUCUCGGGGAGUCUCUACGGACUACAGGAGGCGGUGGAAAUGGGCCGAGAGACG